UAUGCAUACCCCCCUAUGCAAAACAUCAAUAACUUAUACCAAAACUCUAAAAGGAUUUAAUAUAUUCACAAAGUAAUGAAUAACAAAAGCUUAUUGUUAUUUGCUAUUUUCAUCAUCUUUUGUGCACCUUUCUCUAUAUCUCAAGAAGUUGAUGACGAACAUGAAUUCUCAUAUGACGAGAAUAGUUCAAACGGCCCGAACCAUUGGGGAAAGAUCCAUCCUGAGUGGAGUAUGUGUAAUCAAGGAGACAUGCAGUCGCCAAUUGAUCUCACACAUGAAAGGGUUCAGAUUACAUCCAUACUAGGAAGACUUGAUACAGAUUAUAAACCAGCUAAUGCAACACUUAUCAAUAGGGGCCAUGAUAUGAUGUUGAGAUGGAUAAGAGGAGCUGGCCAUAUUCAUAUAAAUGGAACCGAGUAUCAGCUUAAUCAAGCCCACUGGCACACCCCUACUGAACACACUAUCAAUGGCCAAAGAUUUAAUCUCGAGCUACACUUGGUUCAUCAAAGUAUAGACGCAAAGGUUGCAGUGGUUGGAGUCCUAUACAAAAUUGGUCACCCCGAUUCCUUUUUAGCCACGAUGGAACCAUAUUUAAAAGCAGUGUCAUCUACAAGAGAAGUUGAAAAAAGCGUGGGAAUAAUAGACCCCCGACAAAUAAAAUUUGAGAGUACAAAAUAUUAUCGAUAUAUUGGCUCACUUACUACUCCACCAUGCGACGAAAAUGUUAUAUGGACCAUUGUUCAAAAGGUGAGAACGGUUUCUCAAGAACAAUUGCGUAUAAUUCGUGAAGCAGUCCACGAUGAAGCUAAUGCUAACGCAAGACCAGUUCAAGCCUUGAAUAAUCGUUGGUUGAAGCUUAAUAAACCAGAUGAAGAUAAAACAAAUUAGGGUUUUCGACCAUAUUGAUGUGCAGCUCGAGAUCAAUGAAAAGUUAUAUUUUCAUUGUUUUAAUAUUGAUCAUGUUAUGAAAAAAUUAUAAUAUUGUGACUUUCCACAUGCUUAACUCCCAUCCCUUUAAUGUAUUUGUAUUAAUGUCAAGCCCUAUAAAUACAAGCUAUUGUAUUUGUAUGAUAUAUCAAUAAGAUUUGCAUUCCCUCUUUCUAUUA